AUGUUCCGAGAAGCCCUUAUCACUGGAUUUUAUGGUCUUCAAGAUGCCAGGGAUUGGUACGAGCUUUCAUGUCGUGCUCAGGACAUGAAUCGAGAUUUGGUGUGGCAUUAUAUGGAUGUAGAGACGCGCAUGGUUGCUCCAAUCUGUCCACACUAUGCUGAAUAUGUGUGGAGGGAGGUUUUGAAGAAGGAUGGAUUUGUAGUAAGCGCAGGCUGGCCUGCAUCUGAUGCUCCAGAUCUAAUCCUCCAAAGUGCCAAUAACUAUUUGAAAAAGUCGAUUGAUGUAAUGAGGAAGAAGCUUAGAAAGCACCAGCCAAAUUCUAAGAAAGCCGGUAAUAAUGGUGCUCCAAUUUCAUCUUUGGUAGAAGGGAAGAAGCUAAUAGGCCUGAUAUAUGUGAAGAAGCAAUUUGAUGAGUGGAAGGCAGAUUGCUUAAGGAUACUUCAGAAUAACUUCAACAUAGAGACUCGUACUUUUGCUCCGGACAGGGUGAUAUUGGAGGCACUGCAGAGUAGUUCUCUUGGACAGGCUAAAGAUUUUAGACAAAUCCAGAAUCUUUGCAUGCCUUUCGUGAAGUCGAAGAAGAAUGAGGCAGUUCAACUUGGGGCUCAGGCCUUAGAUUUGAAGUUACCAUUUGGAGAGAUUGAGGUACUUAAAGAUAACUUAGACUUGAUUAAGAGACAACUGGAUCUUGAAGAGGUAGAAGUUUUGUCUGCUGCCAACCCUGAUGAUCGUGCAAAAGUUGGUCCUCAUGUUAAACAGAUAGAGCAGAAUCCUCCAUUCCCUGGAAGCCCAACUACCAUCUUCUUGACCCGGUAA